AUUAUUCAGUAUAUCGGGGAAAUCUGCAGGUACCUCCUGAACCAGCCGGUGCGAGAGGUGGAGACCCAGCACCGGGUGCGGCUGGCGGUGGGCAACGGGCUGAGAGCCACCAUCUGGGAGGAGUUCACCACCCGCUUCCGAAUCCCGCAGAUCGGGGAGUUCUACGGGGCCACCGAGUGUAACUGCAGCAUCGCCAACCUGGACGGGAAGGUCGGCGCCUGCGGAUUCAACAGUCGGAUUCUGCCCAACGUUUACCCCAUCCGCCUGGUGAAGGUGAACGAGGACACGAUGGAGCUGGUCCGGGACUCCCGGGGGCUCUGUGUCCCCUGCCGCCCAGGAGAGCCGGGCCUGCUGGUGGGGCAGAUAAACCAGCAGGACCCCCUGCGGCGCUUCGACGGCUACGUCAGCGAGAGCGCCACCACCAAGAAGAUCGCCCACGACGUCCUCCGGAAGGGCGACCAGGCCUACCUGUCAGGAGACGUCCUGGUGAUGGACGAGCUGGGUUACAUGUACUUCAAGGACCGGAGCGGGGACACCUUCCGAUGGCGAGGGGAGAACGUCUCCACCACGGAGGUGGAGGGAACCCUGAGCCGCAUCCUCAACCAGACAGACGUGGCUGUGUAUGGGGUGGAGGUACCAGGCGUGGAGGGCAAGGCCGGGAUGGCAGCGAUUGCCGACCCCAAAGCCAAGGUCAACCCCAACGUCCUGUACCAGGAGCUGCAGAAGGUGCUGCCUCCCUACGCCCGGCCCGUCUUCCUCCGGCUCCUGCCCCAGGUCGACACCACAGGUACUUUUAAGAUCCAGAAAACCCGCUUGCAGAGGGAAGGAUUCGACCCCCACCAGACCUCAGACCGGUUGUAUUUUCUGGAUCUAAAGCUGGGAAAAUACGUCCCUCUGGAUGAAUGCCUUUAUGAAAGGAUUUGUUCUGGAAAAGCUGCUUUAUGA